GUUUUCGUGGUCAGGCCUUCGCCGCUUGGCAAGCGCAACCACGUUCCCGCGGAUGAGCGAGGCUGGAUCUACUUCGAGCGCCUCGUGUCCACCAUAAGAGUCGCCCUGACGGAUGAGCAGUACGCCGCCCGGACUUGCUACUCCAACAUCCCCGAGCUGAAGACCUCUAUCCUGAAUCGUGCCGCCCUGCUGAGGCGCACAGCCUCCACCAGCAACGCAGCCCUGAAGCACCAGUUCGAGACGUACAUCUCGGAGAUCAAGACGAAGACCUUUGCAGCCACCUCUCUGGACAAGAAGAAAGCCUCGGCUGCCACGAAGGUUCAAGACGUGGAUUUGGUCUUCCAGCUCCUCGGUGAGAUGCGCUGCCGGGUAUCCUUGGCCUUGGCGUUCACGGUGAGAUCCCUCAGCAUUGAGGACUGCCGAGAGCUUGUUGAGGCCAAGGCAGACCUGACCAUCCAGGAUGGCCGGGGAUACACGCCCCUCCACAACGCCGUGAGGUUCCGCAACGUGGAGACGGUCAAGUUUCUGCUUGAGAGUGGUGCGCGCCAGAGCCUCCGCGACAAGCUUGGCAACACCUGCUUGCACGUUAUCCCGCUCUACGCGGAUGAGACGACCCUGCAGCUUUGCCGAGUGCUCGGCGAAGAUCCGGCCCACUUGCAGAAGAAGAACCGGGCAGGGCUCCAGGUGCUGCAGCGACUCGAAGCUUGGGCCCUGACGGCGGUGAACGGCGGUCCUUACAAUCCCGUGCUGGAUUGGGUCAAACAGCAGAAGACGGAGUUCCCCUUCUUGUCCGAGCAGGCCAAGAGCAAGAAGACUCCGGCUCGAUCGGAUCGCUUCCAGGUGAGCACCUACUGCACAACAGUGUUGGUGCGGACGCAGGAGCGGACGGUGCACGUGGUGGAGCCAGAGUUCACUCCCCUCUGUCACGUCGUCUACCUGGGCCUCGCUCGAUUCAUCCCCUUCUCCCUGCAGCUUCCAGCGUUGCGGCGCUGGGUCGGCGCUCUGGGCGUCAAG